UUGAGACUUCUGUCGACCACCCCCUGAAGGCACAGUGAAAAAAGUUUACGGGUUUUGGCAAGAUGGACCGUGAGCGGUCUUAGGCGUCCAAGUGACACCACAAACACGGGUUUUACGUUUAUCAAACCACUGAUAAGUACAGUGCCUAUACCAAAGGUUGUGUUCCUGCGAAUUAUUUGAUACACCCACACCAGACCUGAGUCCAUUGUUCCUCCUUUCACUUUCAACGAAAAGACAGGGCAAAGUAUUGUCUGUAUCUUACAACCACCACCGAAUUCUAUUUCGGUGAUAUCGGCUGUUGACGUGUACAGAAGAAAAAAGUCUCUUCAACGCAUCGAAUUAUUCAACAGUGAUUGACCACAAACAUAACAUCCUAUUUUGCAGAACAGCCAUCAUCAUGAUGCGAAUGCUGCAGACGAAAACUAUCCCUGUGGGGAGUCCUCUACUGCGGAGAAUGCUGACCGCGGCCAGCAAUCCGCCGCUUCCGGCCCUGCCCCUUCCCAAGCUGGCGGACACCAUGAACAAGCUACUCACCACAAUCGAACCUCACGUUACCAAGGAUGGCUUUCAGCGCAGCAAAGUGGCCAUCGAGAAGUUCAUGGCCCCCGGAGGGGACGGUGCCAAGCUGCAGAAGCUGCUGGAAGAGCGAGCCUCGCGUAAGAAAAACUGGUUGUCCGAUUGGUGGCUGCAGUCGGCCUAUCUGCAGUAUCGAGAUCCGGUGAUUAUCUACUCUAGCCCAGGACUGGUGUUCCCCAAGCUGAAGUACGCCAAGGUCGAUGAUCAGCUGAAGUAUGCGGCCAGGAUCACGUUCGGGGCUUUGCUGUACAAGCGAAUGAUCGAUCGCGGCCAAAUGCGACCGGAGAUGAUGGGGAAGGCUCCUCUGGACAUGCAGCAGUACAACAAGAUCUUCGGAACGUGUCGGGUGCCUGGGGCACCGGAGGAUUCUCUGCAGUUCAAUCCGAACUCAACGCACAUCGUAGUUGCUUCGAAUAAUCAGUACUUCAAGGUCGAAGUUGGGAAUUCCGACAACAUUUUUGGAGAGGACAAACUGCACACGAUGCUCAGACAGUGCCACGAUAUGUCCCAGCAGAAGGCUGAACCAGUUGGAAUGCUGUCUGCGCUUCCCAGGGACAAUUGGCACGAGGCGUACGAAGUCUUGAUGGCCGACCCGACCAACAAGGAAACGAUCAAAGCCAUUCAAAGCUCGUUGUUUGUCCUGUCGUUGGAUUAUACUAUCGGCAAUCCCUCGGGGGAUGACGCCAUCGACGCUUGCCACAUGUUGAUUCACGGCGGUGGAUCAAAGGCCAACUCCGGUAACCGUUGGUACGACAAAACCCUCCAACUCGUGGUUGGUCCCAACGGAGUCAACGGCCUCACCUACGAACACUCGCCAGCCGAAGGCCAACCCAUCGCCGUGCUGACGGACUUCAUCAUCAACCACAUUGCCAAAGGAGACCAGGGAGGUUCGGUUCGGGAAGCCCCCACUCCCCAGAAGCUCGCCUUCAACCUGUCCCCGAAAGCGCACGAACUCCUCCAGAAGGCCUCCCUUAGCCACGACAAACUAAUCGCCAACUUGGACAUGAACUACCUGCACUACACCGGCUACGGCAAGAACUUCAUCAAGACCCAGAAGAUGAGCCCGGACAGCUUCAUCCAAAUGGCCAUCCAGUACGCCUUCUACAAGCUACACCGAACCCCCGGCGCUCACUACGAAUCCGCCCAGACGCGCAUGUAUGAAGCCGGCCGCACGGAAACGAUCCGGUCCUGUUCGAACGAAUCCGUUGCCUUCGCCCAGACCAUGCUGGAACCGUUCCGCACUCCCCGGGAAAAGGCCUCCAAGCUGAAAUCCGCCGUAGACUCGCACAAGCAGUACGCUUCCAAGGCGGUCCAGGGCUUCGGCGUCGAUCGACACCUGCUCGGUCUCAAACUGAUCGCCAAGGAGCACAACAUCCCCCUCCCGGACCUCUUCAAGGACGAAGGUCUCCUCGCCAGUCAGCACAUGCGCCUCUCGACCAGCCAGGUCGCUUCGCGGUACGACGCCUUCAUGUGCUAUGGGCCGCUGACCGGCGAUGGGUACGGCUGUUGCUACAAUCCCAAGGACAACGACAUGUGGUUUGGCAUUUCGUCGUGGAAGUCCGACCCGGUGACGGAUUCGGCCGCGUUCAGGAACUGCCUGCAGCAAGCGCUGGACGAGAUGUUCGAGGUGCUGAGCGCGUGCAGUGCCCCGAGCAGCAAGCUGUAGUGUGAUUUUUCGAGCAUGUUCUGCCGAAUAGUGAUAGUGAGAUUUUUAUAUGCAUGUUGCGAGGUAUUAACUUUGAUAAAUCGGUGACGGUUUCACUUUUAUUAACGUA